AUGUCCCGAGCGGUUGCACUGCUGGUCUCAUGUUUAGUACUUGCGCACACAUUGGACGUGAAAAGCCGUGUGGAACUUAAUCGGAGUAAGCAGAAAGUUAAUGGACCAGUGAAGACGAUCAAGGACGAUUGCAUGAAGGUCGGCAACCGUUUGGGAUGUGCGUGCACGGUCUGUAAGGAUGUGGUUCAGUUCACGAGAGUAAUGAUUCUCGAUCAUGUCCCAACCACAGAGCAUGUACUCGAUAAAGUUUGCAGAAGAAUCUUCAAAUCCGACGAGUCGAAAGAGCGCCUGUGCGAAGAUAUCGUCAAGAGCGAGCUUCCCGAAAUUAUUAAAUAUGUAAAGGAGCGAAUCGAUCCACGUAAAGUGUGUGUGAAAUUCUGCUAA